AUGUUUUCUCCCCAGAUACUGACUGGGCUAUUGUUCUCGACUGUCCUGCCUGCAGUAGCCCUUCCUUGGCCACCUCUAGCCCAAGAUGCGCCAGAGAUAUUUGAGUAUAACUCCACCAUUUCUGCUCGAGCAAACCCCGGCGACUUCUUUCUACGGAUAUUACCCUUAGGAGCAUCUAUCGUGGCCGGAGAUUACUCCCAAGACGCCAGCAAAAACGGGUUCAGAAAGUUUACCCGUGACAAGCUUGUCGAACAAGGAUGGAAAGUGAACAUGGUUGGUAACCGUAACUCGGGUAGUAUGUCAGACAAUGAUCACGAAGGCAUCUCAGGCCAGGUUGUCCAAGACAUUGCGAAGCGUGGACGAGAGUCUGCCGCAACAUGGUUACCCAACGUGGUACUAGUUAACGCAGGAACGAAUGAUGCCAACGACCGCAAGUCUGACGUCGAUGCCGGACGAACGGGCCUUCAGAUGAAGGAGCUCAUAGAAGGGAUCUUUGCAGAGGUCCCCCAAGCUGUCGUGGUUCUUUCUACUCUACUGCCAAAGGGUUCGAAUGCAGACUAUGUGGAAAAGAUUAACAAACAGUACCGGACAGUCUAUCGUCAGUUCGUUCCCUUAGGAGAGGAUGGCAAGGAGGAGUCGAAUCCGCAGUUCAAAGUCGUCUUGGCUGAAAUGCAGCCAUGGUUGAGCAUUGGAGAUAUCCACGACGGGACGCAUCCAACCAUUUAUGGUGAGAGAAAGAUGGCAGCCGCCUGGGUCUGGGCCAUCGGUGUUGCCAACGACCGAGGUUGGAUUAAAGAACCCAAGCAGAGCAGUCUCUUCAAGGAUGGCGAGAGCUCUAGAACUUGCCGUAAGAAGUUUGGAAGCGGCGCGUCAGACCCCAGAAGCGGUCGGCAGAUUCUCUUUGCCAGCGACCCAGCGAUUCGCGACGACGGCACCUACCGGCACAAAUCUCAGCUUCGCGACGACCGCAAGGGGUCCUUUACCAAUACAAUCGGCGGUGGGCCCGACAAGGACAUGACCAAGACAUCUGAUAUGUGGUUUGCCCAGCUCGUCAACCUGAAGGGCUCACCCAAGGGCGAUGAGCGGGAUGAGCUGAUCCUUGCACCCUCAGACAAGUCGGAUCGUAGAUUCACUGUCUAUUUAAACAAUGGGAACGGAGAGUUCAAUGACGGGUUCUCAAUCGAUCCGAAAAUGAGCUGUUCCAACGCUCAUAUCAGAUGGGGUGAUGUUAACGGUGACGGUUUGGAUGAUUUCAUUUGCAUUCAGACCAACGGAGAGUUAUACGUCUCCAUCAAUAAGGGUGGAAACCCGCCUACAUUUCAGAACUACAAGCCGCAGGAGAUGGGCCUCGGUCGCGAUCGAGUACGCCUGGGAGAUAUGGACGGUGACGGUCGCUUAGACUACUGUGUUAUCUCGAAUGCUGGCAAUAUUCAUUGUUGGCGCAAUGGAGGUAUCGGAGACAAGGCCGCUUACUGGCAAGACAUGGGUCAGGGAUCACAUAUCUUUGCGUCCCAGAACACAGGAGAUAUGCGAGGCGUACAACUUGUCGAUAUGAACGGGGACGGCCGCUAUGACUGGACAUGGAUGAGCAAGGAGGGCCAAGUCAAGACAUUCAUCAACCAACGAGGAGACGGCAAGGGUAUGAAACCAUUCUGGAGAGAGGCCGGAAUAACGCAUCCUGGCCGUGGCUUUAACAUUGGUGAAGACCGCGAGUUCAUCAAAUGGGGCCGAAUAUUUAGCGGACGCCCUUCUUAUGUCAACUGGCAGCGCGAGGGUUUGCUUUGCAAUGGAGGUGUAACGUGUCGAAUCACUUACCAGGUUUGGGAGAACCAGGGAGAGGGGGGUACUUCACAAAAAGGUGAUGGUAUCUUCUGGGGCGACACAACUGGUUCCGGCGUAGACGACUACGUUUGGAUCUCCAUGCACGGAGAAGUCAAUGUGUUUGUGAACAAGAAUACGCGGAGCAAACACGACUUUUACGAAACUAACGCUUGGGGAACGCCAUCUAUGGUCCGUACAGGGCUCCCGCGCCGGGCAUUGCAUUUGGCUGAUUGGGACGGAGAUGGUAAAGACGACAUCAUAGGCGUGACUGACCUCAAGACUGGUGCACUCAAGGUUUGGUACAGUCGCUACAACGACGGAAAGCAUAACUGGGAUGCACAGCUUAUCCCCAAUCCGCCUGGCAGGGAAUGGUGCACUCAAGGCUUUGGACGACUACCUUUUGACAACGCCCACCACUUUGCCGAUCUGACGGGCUCUGGCAGAACGGAUUACAUCUGUAUGGCGCCAAGUGGCCAAGCCUGGGCCUGGCUCCGAGGUAAGGACGGCGUUGCAAAGCCUUCGGGGCAGAUCAAGUACACGGAAGACCUAGACCGGGCCAACUUUCAGUUUGCAGAUAUUAACGGUGACGGCAAAGCCGACUUGAUCCACAAAGACAAGUUCAGCGGCGACACCCAAGUCUGGUAUUUUGACAGGGUUGUCUCUGAGGCUGAGCGACCUGGAAACUCGGGUAGCAUCAUCAAAUGGGAUCGGCCUGAGAGGUUGUUCCGUGGAUCGGUCCGGGGACCAGAUACUCACUACCCACGACUGAACAACCAAGGUCGCGCUGAUAUGGUCUACGCCAAGGCCACCAAUGCACACGCUCAUAUCUCGUUCAACGUAUGCCCCGCAGGAGGAGAUGAUGAUGAGAGAGAUACAGACCUCCCCACAUACAGCCCCCCCGAGCUUUCUCCAGACCCCGAAGGUGACUGGUUCUGUGGCAAAGGUAACGGAGCCAAGUGGACUACCAGUCUCUGGCGCGAACAUGGUGUCGGUACCUGGCUAAGGCAGAGAACCGAUCUUUACAGCGCGGCCGAGAACAGCUGGCCCAACGAUGAAGCGAAAGGCGUCCCACGUAUCAUUGCCGAAUACGAUGUUUUCAAUCGCGAUCGUACCUUCAACUGGCAUACAUCCUGUCGAGCAAUCAGCGACUCUUGUGACUUUGUCAAUCCUCUUGAGGAGGCAGACGAUUGUUCGAAACACCAGGAAAGAGCCUUUGCCCUUUGGGCCAUGGGAAACUUUGCCCUGUUCCAGCAAAAAUGGUACAAGGCAGUCAAGGAUGGCGUAGACUCUGCAUCCAAGUCAUCAGGCGCUAUUGCCGACAAAUUCUUGCCUGUAUCGGCCGAGGAUGCGCUUGCUAACCCGGCGGCGUGGCUUACUAUCGUGGCUGGCAUGUUCACCACAAUAGGUGGCAUUGCCCCUGGAAUGCUUGGAAAUAGUGUCAACUUUGUUGCAGGUGUCUUGACCAUUGGCGCUGGCGCUGCCUCGUUUGGAGCAGAUUCGACUGAGCCGAGCCCGCAGUUCAAGUCAUUUGCGAGCUUGGACAAGGCCCUUGGCGACAUGGUUGAAUGGACAAGGAAGGCCAUGGCAGCGCAAUUCAACCGCUACUUCGUUGAGACGCCACCCAACAAUGAUAGGGCGCGUGGCUCGGAGCUGGCUCGCGCUAUUGAAUCCGGUAUCUGGGCCAACCAGGAUAUUGCGCAGGCUGACUCGGAAACCAUAUGGGAUAGCGGAAGGGUUCAAUCCAUGAUUGAGGCUGCUAUGAUCAGUGAGAUGUGGAAUACCGGAGAGGUCGCCAUCUUCAAAUGGUCCAAAGAUCACGACUUGGCUAAAUGGGGAUUCAACCCAUGCUUUGGUGGUGACAAGCACGGCUUGGACAAGUUCGUCGCCUGUAUCAACGGCCACAACUAUCUCAUUGCCAAGCAGAUCAUCAAGGAUGAGCAAGGUGAUGCCAGAAACUGGCCAGAUAUCGGAUCGGACGAGGAAUCACUCAAGGAGUACAAGCUGGAUCACGCUACUGUUAUCAAUGCUGCAGAGAGGACACAAAACCGAGCUGACCGCUUUAUUCCCCGUGGAAUUGACAACCUAGGAGAGCUCUUCACUGAGGCUUCUACACAGCCUGAAGGCGACCGCUCCAAGUACUUAACCUACUUCAACGUUCCAGUGUGCAAUCUCAACGACGUGUACAACUUCGACAAGUACCAAGAUCACCUGUCUGGGGAAGUUCAGUUUUGCACGAGUGAGAAGACUGCAGGAAACCUUGUACCAUUUUGUGUCGCCCAUAUGCUUGCCAUCAACUGCAGGAAACUCAGCUUACCAGGAGGGGAAUGGCCUUAUCAGAACGACAUUGUCGCUUGA